CGCAAUUUGUCGUCAGGUGGGAAUCGAUGGACCCAACAUGACGUACAACCACAAGCCCUACUUCCACAGUGUCACAACGUCCAAAGCAUUCCUUCGCGAACCGCAACAGAAGGAGGAUUGGCUCGAGAGCUUAGACGAGGUGAGUGCGAGCCAUUGGGGCCGCCAUCAACUGUCUGCACUACGCGUUCUCGUCCCGAAACCUCAAACGAAGCUCCUGCCGGCAUUGCAGGAAUGGACGAACCUGCCCGUCUUCAACUUCGACAGCAAGAACCGUCUCCCCUCGAGAUCCGCCUUCUGGCAAGACCAUGGCGAUGCCCGGGCAGCCCUCGAGAGACUUGUCCAAGGUCCCGAGCCCAGUGACAACAUUAACCGACCGACGCCACGAUCCGAGUACGCGCUGCAGAAAGCCUACGGCACGUCGCUGGGAUCAACCUGGGCUGCUCUGAAUCGUUUGUGUCAAACAGGUAAAGCCGAAACGGAACAUCAGCAUGUCGAUGCUGACUACUCAGGUGACGCAAGCGAUGACAAGGACGAUGCUGAGCUUGCCGGCCAUGGCACUUCAACAACAAGCUCACCCCCCGCGCGCUUGACCCCCGAACCAGAGAAGAAUCAAAGGGCACCGCCGCUGCUGCAUAGCUCACCGGAAUCGCUGCCCGAGCAGAGAAGGUCGAAACGAACGAGACCAAACAACACGGUCACCAACACCUACGAGCCGCUAUUCUCCUCAAGCCCCUCCGUUUCGACCAAGCAACCUUCUUCGCCUCCCUACAUCAACGAGGAAGAGUCCGUUGUCCAUCCGGCUUUGUCUGAGGAUCUCACACACCGAUUUGCGAGCGCAGUCAUCAGGCACAUCCUCUACAAUAUCCCGACCGACGACGAGCAUCAUGUCGACUUUGACGACCAUAGACUUUCGCUGAAAUGCAGACUUGAAUCAGGAAUCUCUUAUACAUCUAUCGACGAUGGAGGCCUCCUUCUCGUGGCGGACUCGGCACGCGUCCACGGUCGCAUCGCAAUCCUCGAGACGAAGCGGAACCUGGCAUCUAUUGACAGCGGCAGACACAUCCUCACCGACGAGCGUUUCGCACAAUUGAUCGGCCAGGCAUUGGCUAUUGCGGUGACUAGGCCACAGAAAUGGGCGGGACUGCAGCAUACGAUCUUCAUGAUUGCUGCCUCGCGUUACUAUAUGCAGUUCUUCGAGGUCUGCGUAAGCCCUGAAUAUCUCGACCAGCUCCAAAUACACAGUCUUCAUCAAGACGAAAACGCCGAUUUCAUCAGAGUUCACGCCACAGAAGUAUUUGACCUGAAGGUCGACCGCGGCCGCCAGCAUGUCGUGGAGAACAUCGCAGGUAUUGCUGACCAGUCCCGCCAGUGGGCGACGGGAAACUCUUGAGCGGGACACGUCCAAUAACGUCAACAUCGAACCGUGCGCCGUCACCAUACAAUGCAUGGUCUGGACGGUCGCAGGCCAUGAAGAACCAUUUCAAGCACCUCUACGCGUCUGUUGUUGAGUGAGUGUUCUCCUGUCCAACGAGCGUUACUUGUUGUUUCACCGUUCUGAACAUAUUGGAAGGCAUUGAGCGCUAAGCCAACUUGCUAGCAACGGAGUGGAAAGACGGAGAAGCUUAUGACGAAGACGAUAAUGGCGGUGACGACGAAGAACCGACCGCAACCGCCAUCGAUGCGUGAACGCAAUGAGCAAAGAAUGACGAUACUAUCCUGACGAGACCAACGAGACGGACGAGACGAGUAGAAUAAAUGAGAUAGACGAGAUAAAUAAAAGACAAAUGAAGCGAACGAGACGAACAAGAUCAAAGGGACGAACAAAACGAGCGAGACGAACGAGACGAACAAAACACGGUGCGCGAUACUGGUGACCUGGAGCCUUCUUUCGUGACAAGAGAGAACCCGCCG